UUUACAUGGUGCUGUCACUAAAAGCAGGAUGGAGAGCUUAGCUGCUGUGCUUUAAACAGAGCAUUAUGGGUAACACUGAGAGCGUGGUGGUGCAGAAGCGGCUGGCUCGCUUCCGCCCUGAUGAACGGCCUGUGGUUGAGGGGGUCUUCAACAGGCUCCAGGGUGGUGCCGGGGGCCCUUCAGGAGCCCCAGGGAAGACUCUGACUCUUGAAAUGCUGCAGUCCUCAAUGGGCAGCCUGGCACCAGACUCCAUGAUAAAGAGGGUCUACCAGUGCAUGUGUAGUAUUGACCCUGGGCUGGCAGCGCAUGCAGCCUCUGGGAAGACCAACACCUCUGCUGUCUCUGGAGCGGGUCGGGAGCAGUUGGUUAUCUUCCUAGCAGACACCCUGCGAGGCACUGCAGAGGAACGGGCUCCUCUCAUCAUGGCCAUGUCCCAGCAUGGAGCAGGGACAGCAACAGUUGUCUCAAGUGAACAGGUAGUGGAGUUCCUACAGGACCUAAUCUCUACUGUAGUUCAGAUUCUGGUCCACAGAGGGCGCCUGCAGGGCUGGAAGCCAGAGAGAAUGGGUGAUGGCUCCCUCGGUGUCAAGCUCCUGGCUGAGCAGAUGUGUUCUGAACUCAAACCUUUGGAUCAGGGAGGUUGUGAUGUUUCCUGUCUGGAGGACUGGAUCUUCAGGGUCUCCCAGGUAUCUUUGUACCUGGAGAUGCUGGUAACCGAAGGCUUAAAUGUGUCCCUGAGUGGCCGACCGGCCCCGACCCUGCUGCCCCCCUGCAGGGAGACACCCUGGAAACAGCUAAAGUGUCUGCUGGACCUUCCCACCCUCAUGUUUCUGGCACCACAGUUGCCAGACAGCUACAGCGCCCCCUGGAGGCUCGUGUUCUCCACACAGCUGCAUGGGGAGAGCUUCACCAGGAUGGUGGCCGGCCUGAUAAAGUGUGGGCCCACCGUACUGCUGAUCAAAGACUCAAAGGGACACGUUUUUGGGGGCUUCGCUUCUCAUGCCUGGGAGAUCAGGCCUCAGUUCCAGGGUGACUCCAGAUGCUUCCUGUUCACUGUGUUCCCCAGACUGAGAGUUUACACAGCAACAGGAUACAACCAACACUUCAUGUAUCUCAACCAGAAUCAGCAGACCAUGCCCAACGGACUGGGCAUGGGCGGUCAGCAUGGCUACUUCGGCCUGUGGCUGGACUGUGAUUUUGGCCGUGGUCAUAGCCGCGCACGGCCCAAGUGCACCACCUACGGCAGCCCUCAGCUCUCUGGAGAAGACGAGUUCACCCUGGACUCAGUGGAAGUGUGGGCAGUCGGAAAACCCCCAGAACCAGAUGAGGGCGAGGAGGGGGAGGGCAAGAAGAGUAUCCUGGAUGUAGAUCCAGAGGUCCAGGCCAUGAUGGAGAUGGCAGGGAAGACUCUGCACAGUCAGGGCCUCAGGGAGCCAGAGGAAGACCAAGAUCAGUGAGGGGCAACGGGAAGAUGGACCAAAGGUUUAGGCUCCCGGUUCACCUAGUAUUGACACGUGGUGGGAUGUUUAUUAUCCGAAGUAGCUGGAUAACAUUUACAUCUGAGACCUGCUGCAGGACACACAGUGAUAACAGACUUCUCUUUUCCUGCCUUUCAUUCUCCUUGGAUCCACGUCACAAUAAAUCAUCAUCCUCCUCGUGUGGCCGCUUAUAGGUCUGUAAAGUCUGUCCCUGUCACACACAACUACAGUAACAUCCACCACUGUGCGGGCCUCAAGUGUGAAAGUGUGAUGGGUGUGUUCGCACUUCAUUCUACCAAGCUGCACUGGUGUUUGCCAAAAGAAAUUCUUUUUUGGGCUUUUUUUUUUUUUAAUGCCUUUAUUCGAUAGUACAGUAGAGAGACAGGAAAUGGGGAGGCAGAGAGAGAGGGGGAAUGACAUGCAGCUAAGGGCUGCCCGAUGCAGGACUCAAACCGGGGGCAACUGCAGCGAGGACUGUAGCCUCUACACAUGGGGCGCCUGCUUAUAUCACUACGCCACACGACGCCCAGAAAUUCUUUUUUAAUGAAUAGUGGAAGCUGCCUCAGUGGACCAGAAUGCAUUGCACCCGCGUCACUUAACUGAAGUAUUAGGCUGAGAAAAGUGAGCACAACAAAACAUUAAAUUACACCAUUAAUGCUCAUAACAUAACUAAUUUUAAGAAAAAUAUAACUGUGAAUUUUUGUGUGACAAAUUAUUUAAUUUCCACACCAUUGAAAAACCUUUAUCUUUCAGAGGCAUAAUCUGAUGUGAGCCUGUAAAUCAUUCCCUAUCUAACCGUGUCAACUUCUGAGCAAUUACAUUUAUGUGUGAACGUGUGGUUAAUGACAAGAUUCUUUGUGGUGAGCAUCUUUAUAUUGAGAGAUAUGACAUGUUUUGGGAAUUUCUCAAUUAUAAGGGGAGAUUCACUGACUGUCACACUGACUGUGUUUCAAAGAUGGUAAAUACUUGGCACUGACAACUGUGGGGAAACUUCAUGUGCACAAGAGAAAAAACUUCCUCUAACCACCUAUUUCACAGACUGGAUGCAUCUCUGGGUUUUUUUUAAAUGUUUUAUUAUGAUUAUUAUUAUUUUUAUUUAUUUUUGCUUUUUCAGCUCAGAGUCUAUGGCUUGUCCACCCUCAUCAUGAUUUAUGAUGGGAUUUAGUAUAAUAGACCUGUACUGUCUAGCAAAUUAUUAUUACGUUGCAUUAAGUUGUUAAUGAUUUUUAUCAAACACAAUUUAGACUGAAGAACUGCAAUCAAAAUUAAUAGAAUAUACUGCUGUGUUUGAAGUUAAAGGAUGAUAUUCUGUGUGUAUGUAUGUGUGUGUGUGUGUGUGUGUGUGUGUGUGUGUGUGUGUGUGUGUGUGUGUGUGUGUGUGUGUGCAGUGUUACCCUGUAAAGUUACUUUUAUUAAAGUUAGAGGGCGUCUGGAGGGUGUACCUACUUUCACUUGUGUUUUUCACUUUAGUGAGGUGAUUUGCUCACUUGGUUUGUCUUCAUUGGAUAGCAUCAGGCUUUGCCAGACAGGCUGUAAACUGUUGCCAUAAAUAUAAACGACAAGAUCUUGACUUCGACUUCUUGGCAUCGCUAAUUGUACUAAUACAAACACCUGCUCAGAGGCUGAAAGGUAACUCUGUUUUCACCCCCCUCCUGCUCUUCUGUUCUGCUAUCAUGCAAAUUUCUGAGGCAAGUUACACAUGCAAAUCUGUUAUAUAAUCUUACAGCAAUCCACACAGUGGCAUGAUGGACAUGGUUCCAUAAAGAAUGUUUAUACUCAUCUUUUUAUUUGUGUAUGGAAAUGAUUUUAUUAUUUUAUUCCCAGAGAUGUGACGAUACUCUGAGCCUCAGGAUCACCUCAUUAUAUGCUCUUCAUUACUUUUACCCCCCCUCCAUCUAGAUAAAAUGCUGUUUAUAGCAACUGUGCACACGUAUAUUGUAUGGAUGAUCACCCACUAUCCCUUAAUAUAUCAGUCAGUCAAUUAAGCCUUACCUGUUUAGCACCUGUCAUACAGGUUAGGGCUGUUCAAAGUUCUUUACAGGCCGCUGACAAGCAAAUGAGAAGAGCAGAAAUACUGUAAGCAGUAA